GUAGCCGCUGCUUAAAAGACUUACAGUAGUGUUGUUUUGCUGAGGCGUUGCAAUUGAUAAGUCGCAACCGAAGGAGAAACGCUGUGAUCUCGGCAGAUGUAAACACGAGGUGUGGGCUCCCCAGGGCCUGUCUGCAUGUCCGCGAGCUGUGCACCAUAAGAGAAAUGCUGCAGUAGAUGACAUAAGGACUCAUUUACUAGGGUAAAAAACAUGCAUUAGGCCACUUACAAAGUGCAUUGAACAAUGUCUGAGAACUCUAGCGACAGUGAGUCAUCAUGUGGCUGGACAAUUAUUAACCAUGAGGGUUCAGAUGUAGAGACAUUACACCCUCAGAAUGGGGAGCCAUACUAUGAUCUUGCAUCAGUGCUACAGUCACACAUUGGGAAGAUGACCAGUGUCCUUGCUUCAGAACAAGCAGCAGGUUGUGUGCAAGAGCAACAGUAUGAAGAGCUGGGGGAACAGAGCGGUACUAAUGAAGGUGCUAUAUCUUGUGUAGAGAGUCAGCUGCUUGCUAAAGAGAAAACCCAGCCCGCUCCUGAGGUCUCGUUGUUCCAUGGUGUGUCUGCGGAACUGGAAAAUGUUCCUCCCAAUGAACUACGUUGUCAGGAAAAAGGGAGCCCAUUGGCAGAUGGUCAGUGUGAGGCUGCAAGUGAUGACUCUGAUAUUGUUGCUUUGGAAGUUGAAGCUGUUGGUGAACUGGAGAAAGGAACAUCCGUGGAAGAACAGGUUGAGGACACUGGUGAUGUUAAUAUGAGUUCUUCCUUCAGUAGCCAAUAUACAUUUGGCCAUGCAGAUACUGUCUUUCCUGCCCAACAAAGUGUUGAUGAGUCCAGCAAUGAUGAAGCAAGUGAUGAUUCAGGUCCUUCCCUGCGGCGCCGACGUUCAAAGCGCCCCACAUCUUCUGUAUGCGAACCAGAGAAUAGCCCUCCUAUAUACCAACUUGCUGCUCCUAAGCCUAAAGCACUCUUUCAACUGGGAAGCCUGAACAAGUGUAUUAUUCUUUUUCUGGUCAUAGCAACAAGCAUGGGCUUUGGACAUUUCUAUGGUACUAUUCAGAUUCUGGAACAGCAGAAGAUGGCAGAAAAUAUACACGAAGAUGAACUGAAUGAUAUGAAGGAUGACAUGUUUCAGUGCCAGAAGGAUCAGGAAACUACAAUGGAGCAGAAUUUCGAAGCUGAUGAUCUUUCAACCAGUCUGAAAACAACAGAGGUGGAGAAGAAAAAUCUUGUGGUGGAAAACCAGCAUCUACAAGAGUCACUGGAAAAGGAGGAAAAAACAUUAUCUUCACUUCAAGAAGAGUUAAGAAAGCUAAGAGAACAGAUCAGAAAUCUGGAAGAAAAAGGGAGAGGAGAGAUCAUGCUGUUUGAAAAUCAGAAACUUAAAGCACACUUGAUAGAAGAGAGGCAGAAAGUGCGCAGCUUUCGUACUCAGAAGGAGAAUCUCUUAACAGAAGCAAAAAUACUGAGGACAGAGCUUGACAAUGAGAGGCAAAUUACUGAAGCUUUGAAGGCACAGCUUGAGGAGAUGAGUAACAGAGAGGCCCCGGAAUCAGAAAAUAGCAAGAAUGAAAAUCAGGACAUCCAGCAUUUAAGGGAACGUCUUUAUGAUUUAGAAAAUAAACUUAAUUUUGAGCAACAAAGAUCAGAUUUAUGGGAAAGACUUUACAUUGAAGCCAAAGAACAAAAUGAGAAGUUGGAAACUGAAAGUAUUCACAACUCUAAAGAAAAAGAACAAUCCAAAAACAGCAAGGCAAGAGACAAAUCAAAGAAGAAAUUGAAGGACACAUUCUUCAGUUCAGUCAAGGACACUUUUGAUGCCAUGAAAAAUUCAACAAAAGAGUUUGUGAGGCAUCACAAAGAGAAGAUAAAACAGGCCAAAGAGGCAGUUAAGGAGAAUCUGAAAAAGUUCUCUGAUUCAGUUAAAACAACUUUCCGGCACUUUAAAGACUCUACCAAAAACAUGUUUGACAAGAACCAUUAUAAAAAAUAUACAGAAAGGAGGAGGGAAGAGGCCAAGGAAGCAAACACUGUAAAACGUGAAUAUAAUUCCGAAACCCAAGAAUAUGGUCCUAAAAAGGAAACCGUCACCCAGAAAGACUACAAGCGGGCACAGGAUGCUCCAAGCACCAAAGAUCAAAAUACACAAAAAUCAGACACUGUUGGCAAGGAGAGCAGUGAUCAGUACUCGACAAUGAAAGGAUGCUCUGGAGUGUUUGAAUGUGCUCACCAAGAAUCCACUAGCCUCUUCAAUAAGGUGCUCAAUCCUGUGAGAGUGGAAGAAUUUAAUCAUUUAAUGCAAAUAUAUGUACAGGGGCAAGUGACCAACUUCCAACACUGGAAAGAACUUCAACAGUUCAUCAAUAGAUUUUUCCAUAAUGGAGUUUUCAUUCAUGAUCAGAUGCUUUUUACUGAUUUUGUGAAUGAUGUUGAGGAUUACCUUGAGGACAUGGAGGAAUAUCAGACUAAAAAUGGCGGCGUCUUUGAAGACCUUGAUGAAUUUGUCUACAGACAUUAUUUUGGCAAUAACUACCCUAAUUCAUUCGGACCAAGGAAACCUGAAACGAAUUCCCUACAGAAGGAUCCAGAAGCACAAAGAUACCAAAAGCAAGAACAGAAGAACAACCAGUAUCGUUACAGAAGGGAUGGUAAAUGGCAAAAACAUGGGCGCAGCAAUGGGAGACACAUGGCAAACGUGGAGAUAGAAUUAGGGCAGCUUCCCUUUGAUCCCAAAUAUUAAAAAGAGACAAUAGGUCUAGAGGAGCUGAAAUUGUUUAUUAAACAUUGUAGAUGAUCCAUUCACUGUAUUGUUCUUGUCAGGGCAAAUCUAUCCUUUUAUAAGUAACUGGUAAUAUAUAUUGUAUGUUUUCCUGCAGGCGUGUCGUUUGGUGUGUACACUGCACAUUUCUGCACUGCAAAGUUUCAUCAGUACUUGGGUGGGCGGAACCCCUAUUUCUGGCUUCUGUUGUUCUGUGCAAUGUGACCAUUAGAAAUUUCACUGAAACUGUCCUAAUGCUGUUACAUAAAUGAUAGUCUCAUUUAUUCAGGGUAGAUAAACCCCCUACAAAUGAAAAGGAUAAUUUUUUUCUUUUUAAACGUUUUUCUGAACAGUAUAUUUAGUUGCAGAUGAUUUCUCCUCGCUGGGUGGUACCUGCAUGCAGCAAAGGCAUGACUCCAUUUCAUCACAGAUCAUCUCUGAACUGCAAGAAUAAAUCUCUGUACAGAUCUAAGCAAUUGCUAACCUAGUCUAGCCAAUAGUGGGGGGGGGGGGAAGUAUUUGCGUUUAUUCUGUAAUGCUUGCUCUUUGAAGAACGUUCUUACUUUCUGAAGAACAUGUUACAUAUUCAUAAGCCUGCAGGUUUUGUGGUAAAUCCCUUGUACUUAAUGUUUGUUGAAGAAUAAUAAAGACAAACUAGCUUAAAAAAAA